AUGGGUUGUGUCAAUGAUACCGUCGACCACACCCUCAAAAGGCCUUACUUUUUCCCUGGCACAGCAACCGUCCCCAUGGCUUGCGAUUUCGGCAAUAUCCCUCGGAACAUUCCCGGCAAGCCACAAGUUUUCUCUCUGCACGUUCCUGAUCAAGAUGUUGCAGAUUUCAGAGCUCUUCUAAAGCUAUCCAAGAUUGGACCCAGGACAUGGUGGAAUGAGCAUAUGGACGGAUCAUUUGGUGUCUCCCGCCACUGGCUCAUCAAAGCUAAGGACAUUUGGUUGAACGACUUUGACUGGCGCCAGCAGGAGGCGAAUAUCAAUUCGUUUCCUAACUUCAAGAUCGCUGUCAACAACCCGGAACAUGGCCAGCUGAGCGUGCAUUUUGUUGCUCUUUUUUCAGCAAGACCUGAUGCUGUUCCCAUCAUCUUCAUGCAUGGCUGGCCGGGUUCGUUCCUGGAAUUUUUCCCGAUGCUCAAUAUCAUGACUAAGAAGUACACGCCCGAGUCCCUGCCAUACCAUGUGAUCGUGCCGUCGCUGCCAGGGUAUGGGCUUUCGGCGGACAUCGGUCAUGAGAAGGAGUUUACGUUGGAUUCCGCUGCUCAAGUCAUGAACCAAUUGAUGAUUGAUCUUGGAUUCGGCAAGGGCUAUGUUGCGCAAGGGGGUGACGUGGGAAGCACGCUGUCACUAAUUCUUUUGAGAAAAUACAAGGGAUGCAAGGCAGCCCAUGUCAAUUUCCUUGCCUUAAAUGGAUAUGAAGGUGACGUCGACCUUUUGACAUCUCAAGAGCUUGAUCACCUGAAACGGGCGCAAGCCUGGCAAGCCACAGGCAUGGCUUACCUUCUCGAACAAUGCACGCGCCCGGCAACAAUUGGGCUAGCUUUGUCAUCGAGCCCUUUGGCUCUUCUUGCAUGGAUUGGUGAGAAGAUCCUCGAGUGGGCAGAUGAGCAACCCCCAUUGGACGCGAUCCUUGCCAAUGUCAGCCUUUACUGGUUCACUUCCUCAUUCCCACGCAGCAUCUACCCCUACCGGAAUAUAGCAAGCUUCAAUGCAUUAGAUACCAGCAAAGAGAAGCCGCUUGGCUAUUCCUACUUCCCGGGCGAACUUAUGCUUCUGCCCAAAGCUUGGGCGGACGACGCUUUUCGCAACAUGGUGCAGUACUCGGUGCACGAGAAGGUAAGAGCUACCAACCUGCGAUUGCCUCGGAAACCGUGA